AGUAAACAUCUCUUAAGACUCGUCGCGAUAAAAGGAACAAAAUUAAAUGUGCUUAAGAAAUAAUUAAAAUGAUUGUCACUAUUUUGGGAAUAAUUUGUGCAACUUUGCUUCUGGUUUACAUCUUGGUGUUGAGAUCAUACGACUAUUGGAAAAAACGAGGUGUCAAUGGACCCAAACCCUGGCCCUUCAUAGGAAAUCUCUCCAGUGCAUUUACGCAGGCACGAAAUAUGGCAUAUGAUAUACAAGAUUUAUACGAAGCACACAAGUCUACCGAAAAUUUUGUGGGAAUUUAUAACUGUUGCACUCCCCAGCUGUUGAUAACGGACAUAGAUCUGAUAAGACGAAUUAUGGUUGCUGACUUCAAACACUUUCAUGAUAAUGAAAUUUCCAAAUUCCUUGAUAGAAAAUCAGACAUGUUAUUUGGCUACAGUCCAUUUGUGUCGACUGGAGAUGAAUGGAAGAAGUGUAGAGCCGAAAUAUCACCUGGAUUUACAAUAAAUAGAGUAAAGGCUGUGCUUCCAGUGACGAACAAAGUUUGUAGUUCAAUGAUAGAAUUUAUUGAAGAGAAGUCAAAGAUUACGACCAAAGAUGGAAUCGACGGUAAAGAUCUAUGUUUUCGCUUCACUUGCGAGGUCGUCAGCAAUACCGUUCUAGGACUAGAUGAUCAAACAUUCACCAAUAAGCCCAGUGUCAUAAUGGAUAUGAGUAAGAGAAUAUUUAUUCAAUCACCAAUUUUGAUUUUUCAACUACUGCUCAUGGCACUGAUUCCGUCGUUGCAUAAGUUCAAGAAAAUGCGUUUUAUUCCAAAGCAAGUGGAACAAUUUUUCAUCAAAAUAAUGGAUAGUUCAUUAAAUCAAAGAAAGGAUCAAAUCAAACAGGGCUCAAAUGAGGUUCGUCAUGAUUUUAUUAAUUAUCUGUUGCAGUUGCAGGAAAAGAAAAAUCUUACGAUGCAGGAGUUGGCUGCUCAUACCAUGACAUAUGUAACUGAUGGCAUUGAGACUUUGUCUGGUAUACUAAGUCACUGUUUGCUAAUGCUAGGUCGCGAUGAGAAACGUCAAGAUGUGUUGAGAAGGGAGAUUCUAGAGAAAUUGGAGGAUACAAAUGAUUUUGACUCUAUAAUGGGGUUGCCAUAUCUGGAUGCUUGUAUUCAUGAAACUUUGCGCUUGGUCCCCCCUGUAGCCAAUGCUACAAGAUUGUGCACGGAGUCAAUUGAUUUUGAGAAUAAAAAUGGAAAGGUUCUCAACGUGGCCGUGGGCACGCCGGUGAUAUUACCAAUACAUGCCAUUAUGGUGGACAAACAAUUUUAUAAGGAUCCCACAGAUUUUGUACCAGAACGUUUCGUCGAUGGUGGUCUCAAAAAAUGUAAAGAACAAGGUAUAUAUUUUGGAUUUGGCGCUGGUCCUCGCAUUUGCUUAGGAAUGCGUUUCGCUUUGGCCCAAAUGAAGGCAGCACUUGUUCACAUCAUUCGCAACUAUAAUGUUCGCAUUAAUCCUAGAACUCGCAAAGACCUUAGAUUUGAUCCAUCAUAUUUUCUAUUGAGACUCGAUGGUGGCAUUUGGUUAGAUUUUGAUAAAAUAAACUAAAAUAAAAUAAAACGAAAUAAAAUAAUGAAAA